GAUUGACGCACACGUGAAAGCUAUUGACAAAUUCGCCGUCACAGUGUCACAGUCAUACGUUACGUCGUGAACUGCGCAUUGGAGCCUCUCCUCCUCUCGACUACGACAGCGACGCAUCAUGAUGACUUCGUCUCGAAACCCUCCAUCGUGUUGGAGGAUUAUCUCAUGCUCUACGUCACCCAGUUUCACCCAAUAAACGGUAUAUAAGGAGCCUCUUGUAGCUCUGGCGAUUCUCAAUAACCUCACUUCAAUCACCUACAACAUACAACAACUCUUAUCAUUAUCAUGGCUGACACUGGACGUCAAUCUUUCACCGACAAGGCCUCGGCUGCUCUGAAGCCCGACUCUCAGAAAUCCACCACCGAGCAUAUGGGUGACAGCCUGAAGGGCAACGCCGACAGUGCUGCUUCUACCAUGCAACCCCAGGGCGAGAAAACCACUGGCCAGAAGAUGGGUGACACCUUCAGCAGCAACUCCAACAAUAACGAUAGGUCCAUGCUUGACAAGGCAAAGGAUACUGUCGGGCUCGGAGAGAGGAAGUAGAUGAUCACUAUGUAUUCAUGAACAUGUGCGGUUCGGACUGCAGUAACAUAUAUAAGUAGCUUAUUGUACAAUGUAUCAUGAUCCCACCUUCAAUACAUGUAAAUCUCGCAACUCA